AUGUCUUUCAUGAUACUGAACCCUCUGCAGUACGACGACGACGGCAGCCUGCUUCCACGGUUGGGUCUUCCGGACUGGUUAGCUGGGGUGUUGAACGUGGAUAUGCCGAAAUCGGCAGUUUAUGUCGAGGAGACAGAGGACAUUGACGCUGCCGCCAUGUUCAUCAUCCUCGUCGUCCUCGUCGUCCUCGUCGCGGUCCUCUUCUCCGUCGUCGUCACGGUUUUCGUCCCGGUCCUCGUCUCGAUCGUCAUCUUGGUCGUCGUCUCGGUUGUCGUCUCGGUCCUCGUCCCGGUCGUCCUCGUGCUCAUCAAGUUCAUCUUCGCCAUCGCCGUCGAGACAACAUCAGGGCCUUCUCGUUCCAGGCGGAAGCGAGAAGCCAGCAGCUUCGAAUCACCCAGUGUAGACGACGAGUCGUCCACAUCCGAGGAGAGCGAAGCGGGCCCAUCGCGGCCCAGGAAGUAUCGACGCAAGCAGGAGGAUGACGACGACGACUUCAUCCCGAACUGGGAGUCUCUCGGGCCUGUCGCUGGGCCUUCCCGUCUGGCAGGGAGCACUGCACCAAGAUGUACCACAUCUACUCGAGGUCGCAGGCGCGCAAGGAGGGCGCAGACGAUGAAGAGGGCUGCUGUACCGACCUCGACACCGGAAGAGGAUGAGGACCUGAGGGAGGAGACUAUAGGUGGGUCAGUGCAGGUCUGGUACUGCCUGUACCACGACUGCGACUGGGUGUGGCGGAGUGAUGGUAAACAGCACGAGGCAGACCGGAUGCGACACAUGGUGACGCAUUGGCUGGCGCACGAGCGUUGUUUACGGUUGUCACGGGAGCGCGACACAGUAGCGUCACGUGUGUUUAUCAACUCUUCCUCCAACCACGAUGUCUGCAUCUCAGCUACGGUGUCUGUGUUUAUUAUCGUCCUUGAACGCGCAUCAUCCAUCCUCGGAAGAAGAACUCCUUUUAUUCAACCUCCCGUUGGUGGACGACCCCUCUCAUGGGAUGGAAGGCUGGUGUACACGACUUCAUGGGAAGUUGGCGACCGCCUAGGAGAUGAAGACUUGGUUCAAUUUCAUCGUGUCGCAAUAGGUUGCGGUCGCUUACUACGCGGAACCCGGAAGAUGAUCUUAGAGGUUACUGGACUACAUGGCCAUGUGUUCCGUCACUUUGUUGGUAGAGCCCGCGGGAAGUUUGUUGGUAGAUCCAGCUGCUACCCCCCUCCUCGACGUUGGAAAUUGAGUGUAUGUGUGUGUCCGUUGGCGAAGACUCCCCAGUCGCUCUCAUUUUCAUAG